AAUGCAGAAACAAAUUUACUCUUAUAAAAACUUUUACAUUUUGUGGAUUUUGCUAAUAUUCGCAUUUAAUAUUCUACAGCUUGCAGCACAUUCUGAAAAAACAUUUAUUCCUCCAACAGAGAGAGAAUUAGACGAAGGGGACUGUGAAAAUGCUCCAUUUGCAGAUUUAGUUUUUCAAGACCAUAUUUACAAACCAGCUAUACCGCUAAUGGUUAGAAAUGCCACGGCAUCCUGUCAUGGAGAUUUUAAAAUUUAUUGCGUAAUGGCGGUUCCUUCAAAACAAAAUGCAGCAGGAGCGGAGGUCCUGGUUAGCGAAGGAGGCGUCAACCAUACUUUUGUAACCAUAGAAAUGCACUCCAAGAGAAACGAGGGCUUGGAUUAUACGAUUGAAGUUUUUGCAAAGAAAAUUAAAUUGUAGAGUCAGUGUUAGAGAAAAAUUGAUUGAUUAGACUUAUCAUAAAACAUUGUAAACAUAUUUUUAUUAAUAAAUUAAAUUUGUAUAAUAUAACAAAAUAGACUGAGCUAAAAUUAAUUUAAGUCUUCUUAAAAAUAAAAACAUUUCACACUUAAUACAGUAGGUAUACUUACCUAAUAAUACUAAAAAAUAGAAGACCCUAUUUAAAUUAUCUUCGAUCUUCAAUAUCUUUUAAUCUUUCUUCUAACAAUCUUUUAUCCAAUCUGUGUUUACACAAAUAUUGUCCGUUUAAAAACACAACUGGUAUUUCAUAUCUAUAUAAUCUUAAAUAAUGGAUAUUUUCUUUUUUUGAAAUGUCCACAGUAUUGAAAUUUAGCCUUUCGAGAUAUGGGCUAAUUUCUGAUUUUAACUCGUCACACAAUGGACAAGGAUCCCUCGUAUACAAUGUGAGGAUUGGUAGUUCGUUUGCUGGUAGGUCAUCCGUC